UCGGUUUGAAUCGCGGCGGGAAGGCGGGUGGGUGCCCUGAAGGGGCCGGUGUCCCCCGCGGGCGGGGAGGGCGGAGGGGCCGCCGGCCGCCAUUUCCGCGCCUGAGGCGGCGGGUCGGGUCGGGUCGGGCCGGGCCGGGCCGCCCGGGGACUCCUGCCUGAGGGGAACGGCAGCUGUGAAGCACGAGUAAAGGCGUAAACAGCGUCAUGCAUCGCCUUGCUUUAGAUUUUUAAUAUGUAACUUUUGGUAUCCUCAGUAACUGUAUCCUCAGUUGUACUUUUACCAGCGUAUACUGAACAGCAAAAUGUCCUCAAAGAAGCAAAGGAAGAGAAAUCAUUCCGGAAAUAAAUCACAGGAACACAAAGCCAGCUCCCGUCCUCACUGGAAAUUGCUCCCACCUGAGGAACCAGAUGUCUCAAGGAUAUUGAAGGUAGCAGAAGCAAAUCAACUGGAGGAACCUGACGAUUCGUUUGAUCACCCUUUGCACAGUACCGCUGUGGAUGCCUAUGGAGAGGAACAUUCAGAAAACGAGUCGCUUGGUCAUGCUUCAGCACGGCAAAAGAAAAAUGCAAAAAGAAGUAAACAAUUGCAUCGCUCGAAAACAUCUGGUAGUGUUGUUCAGAAAUUCAGCACAGCUGAUCCUGAAGACGCACCCCUUAAGGAGAAUGAGAACACUCUGAAUGCUACUCAAUUCCAGGCAAAAAAGAAGAGGCGGCCUUCAGAGAAGAGCACAUCAGAUCCUUCUGUGGACAGCCCAUGUUCUGUUCAGGUUUGGUGUCCCAAGGAGCUGAAGAGAUCUCCUAGAGAUAUUACAGAGCUGGAUGUUGUUCUGGCUGAAUUUGAGAAGAUUGCAGCAAAUUGCAGAGAGAGGACAGAAUCAAAUGUUUGCAGAAAAGCCAUCAAUGGCUUCUGUUUGGCUUUCAAGGACCAAAUCACCGAUCUUAUAGCGGAAAUCCAUGAAUUAAAGAAUAUGAAGAAGAAAAAUGCGAAGGUAAUAACAGACAUCAAAAAGAAAAGGCAGCAACUGUCGCAACUCAGGGAAGAGCUAAUUGGAGCUGAACCGCAACUGACACAACUGCAAAGAGAAUACGCUGAGUUACAGGAAAGGAAAUCUUCCUUGUGGCAGGCAACCAAAUUACUUACUGACUUAAAGGAGCUACAGGAAGACUGUUUGGAUUAUAGAGAAGAAAACCCAGAAGAAAAAGUGGUAUAUGGAAUUUCCAGCCUCCCUGCUCUUCUGGUGGAGUCGCGGAGAAUUCUAGGAGCAGAAGGACACUUUCAGAAUAUUAACGUGAAAUUGGAAAAGGCUCUGGCUGCACAAAGAGGGAAGUUACCAGAGAAACAUUAAGUUGUUUUAAUAGACUUUUUGAUAUUCGUUAGGAACAAUUAUUAGAAUGGUCAGCGCUUAAAGCUUGUUUAAUCAUUGUUGCUGUAUUUUGCCUCAGCGUUUAAAGGAAGUCAGUGACUUACUCAGAGAUUUAUCCUUCUGUUGUCAAAUAGUCAGAAUAUCAGUGAAAUUAAUGAAAUGGCAAUUCCACUUAAAGUAGUAAAACUUUUCUGUGCUGUUGACAAUGUUGGGUUUUAAUCUUGGGCUAUUAAAGUAAUAUGAUCUUGAAAGCAAUAUAUACUUUCAAAAGAGAACACAUAGACAGUG